AUGGCCAUCAAGGACGGAUCCCGCUUUGACUUCAUCGUCGUCGGCGGCGGCACCGCCGGCAACAUUGUCGCGUCCCGCCUCGCCGAGAACCCCAAGGUCCGCAUCCUCAUCGUCGAGGCCGGCAUCGGCUCCUCGCGCGACAACGAGGAGAUCCGCACCCCCGGCCGCGCCAUGGACAUCCGCGGCAGCCAGUACGACUGGGCCUACAAGACGACCAUGGUCAAGCGCCCCGACUACGAGCGCAUCGAGAAGCCCAACACGCGCGGCAAGGCCCUCGGCGGCAGCUCCUCGCUCUACUACUUCUCCUGGGUGCCCGGCUCCAAGGGCACCUUUGACAUGUGGGAGGAGUACGGCGGCAAGGAGUGGACCUGGGACCAUCUCCUGCCCUACCUCCGCAAGAGCGUCACCUACCACGACGACGAGGGUCUCUACCCCAAGGCCCUGGCCAAGAUUGGCGCCGGCGGCCCCAUCCCCAUCUCCCACGCCCGCCUCAUGCCCGAGAUGGCCCCCUUCCGCCAGCUCCUCACCAAGGCCUGGCAGUCGACCGGCGAGCCCGUCUCGGAGAACAUCUUUGACGGCGAGAUGCGCGGCCUCGUCCACAGCGUCAACACCAUCUACCAGGGCCGCCGCUCCGGCAGCUUCCUCGCCCUCGAGGGCAAGUCCAACAUCACCGUCCUGGCCGAGACGCACUCCAAGAAGCUCAUCAUCGACCAGGCCGAUGGCAGCGUCAAGGGUGUCACCGUCAUCGCCCCCUCGGGCGGCGAGCUGAGCUUCUACGCCGAGCGCGAGGUCAUCGUGUCCGAGGGUGUCUUUGAGUCGCCCAAGCUGCUCAUGCUGAGCGGCAUCGGUCCCAAGGAGGAGCUCGCCAAGCACAACAUCCCCGUCCUCGUCGACUCCCAGCACGUCGGCCAGCAUCUGCUCGACCACCCUGGCGUCCCCUUUGUCCUGCGCAUCAAGGACGAGUUCUCCAUGGACAGCCACGUCCUCCGCAAGGGCCCCGACCAGGACAAGCUGCUGGCCGCCUACAAGCACAACCACGCCGGCGCCAUGGGUUCGCCCUUCCUCGAGAUGAUUGGCUUCCCCCGUAUUGACAAGUAUCUGGAGAAGUCGCCCGAGUACCGCCAGCGCAAGGCCGCCAACGGUAACAAGGACCCCUUCUGCCCGUACGGCCAGCCUCACUUUGAGCUUGACUUCAUUCCCCUCUUCGGCAGCGCCUUCCAGUGGCACUUCCCCCACCCCAAGCGCGGCAGCUACAUGACCGUCAUGGUCGACCUUGUCCGCCCCGUCUCCGAGGGCGGCACCGUCACCCUCAACAGCGCCGACCCGCUGGAGCAGGCCAACAUCAACCUCAACUACUUCAACGAUGACCUCGAUAUCAUCGCUGUCCGCGAGGGUAUCCGCUUCUCCUACGAUAUCCUCAAGAACGGUCCGGGCUUCAAGGACAUUGUCGAGGACGAGUACCCCUGGGACAUGCCCCUCGACGACGAGGAGGCCAUGAAACGCACCGUCCUGGACCGCUGCCAGACCUCGUUCCACCCUUGCGGUACCGCCCGCAUUGGUAAGAACAUCAAGCAGGGUGCCGUUGACGCCGGGCUCCGUGUUUUCGGUGUCAAGGGCCUGCGUGUCAUUGAUGCUUCCGUCAUUCCCGUCAUUCCUGAUUGCCGCAUCCAGAACUCCGUCUACAUGGUAGCGGAAAAGGGCGCCGACGCCAUCAAGGCUGACUACAAGGUUUUGUACUAG